AGAAGAGCGGGUUCAGCUGUAGGAGUCAGUACAGCCGGUUUAGUUCAUAGUUCAGGUUCAGUACAGCUGCAGGAGUCAGUACAGGCUGUUUAGAUCAGGAUCAGCUGCAGAUUCAGAGCUGUGAUAUGGUUGACACAGAGAAGUUUCCAGCAUCGCUUUACUGCCUCCUACUUCUUCUCUCUGGAGUCUCCUCUUACACUGAGUUCGAGGUCUCAGUGCCCAGUGGUGGUCAGGUCGGGGUCUAUGGGCAACCCGUGGUUCUGUCCUGCAGCUUUCCCACUGGAGGCUCCUGGGAUGUGAGCAGCAGUGAGAUCACGUGGCAGCGCGGCCUGGUGAACAUCCACAGCUUCUACCACAGCCGAGACCAGCUGGACCAACAGCAUCAUCACUAUGCCAACCGUACCAGCCUGUACCACCAGGAGAUGGCAAGGGGAAAUGCAUCACUCAGGCUGGACCGGGUCACCCUGGAGGAUGAUGGAAUAUACACCUGUUCGGUCAGCACACAGAUCGGCAGCCAGAAGAAAAGCUUCAGACUGAAAGUAGCAGCCUUUUACCCAGAGCCUCAUCUGCGCAUCAACCUGUUGAGUAACGGGCAGGUGGUUCUCCUGCUGACCUCACAGGGAGGUUACCCCUCCCCAUCGCUGCAAUGGCUGAUGGGUAACUUGGAGGACGUCACAGAGGUAACGCAGCUGGAGCAGGACCAACACACCAGGCUCUACAGCAUCAACAGUAAACUCAACCUCAAACGAGGCACCAACUCCUCCAUCACCUUCAUCCUGAAGAACCAAGAUCUGGGGCAGGAGAUCAGACGGAACAUCAACCUGUUCUUAGAAGACAGAGCUGGUGGUCCACUAUCAGGAGACAUGAGACAAUAUGCUGUCCUUGGAGCUCUGAUCGCUGCCCUCACAGCCGGCCUAGCAGUGUUAAUUAUCAUUUUCUUCAGACGAUGGAAACAAAACAAGCAGAACAAAAACAAAGACUUCAGAGCCGUCAGCUCCACUGAUGAAGAGCGAUCCAUAAACCACCAAAAUGGAAAACCAGCCCACUGAGUUUGUUAUUGUCUUGUCUUGGGUGAAGAGACUGUAUCAUCGCAGUGUCUCCAGUUCUCACCAACGAUGGACUUUUUAAGCGGAGAUGGUGAUCGGUCACUUGCACUGUCUGAAAGAAGCCAUGCAUGAGUCAAGUCCAUUUUAGACCAUAAAUGCUAACCGCACCAGAAACACAGCAGCGGACACACACGAACAAACUGUGUUUUCACAUUCCAGGUGUUUUUGGUGUUUGCUGCAAGUGACAUUCCAGAGAUUUACAUCUAGAACCACUAAAGAAUGGUUCUGAAACAUCCCUUCAGUGCCCUGUUGUUCAGUCAAGGUCCAUCAGUCCUGAAAAACUUGUUUAUCUACUGCAGCUGAUGUAAGCUAGUCUAGUGCUCGUCAGUCUUUAGAUGUGUCAAGCGUUUGUUGAGAGCAGCAGUAAGAUUUGAUUGGCAGCUAAAG